AUUUCUUCCCACGUCCUCUUCCUUUCACAUUAUACUAUACCAUCAUGGUUCAGCCUGAUCUUCAAACUGUCCGCCUUUCUAACGGCAAGCAGAUCACAGUCCACACUCAACUUUUCAUCAACAACGAGUUCGUUCCCGGCCACGGUCCUUUGAUUGAGACCAUCAACCCUGCCACCGAAGAAGUCAUUUGCUCAGUCCAUUCAGCGGACAAGCAAGACGUCGAUGCUGCCGUUGCUGCUGCUGCCAAAUGUUUCAAGGACACCUGGCGCAAGGUGGCACCUGCCGACAAGGCUCGCUUGAUCAACAAGCUUGCCGAUUUGAUGGAACGUGACAAGGACGAGUUGGCUACUUUGGAUGCAUUGGAUAACGGCAAGGCAUUCACUGUCGCCCGUGAUGUCGAUAUCACUGACUCAAUCGCUUGCUAUCGCUACUUUGCUGGCUGGGCUGAUAAGAUCCACGGCAAGACCAUUGACACUACCUUUGACAAAUUCUGCUAUACUCGUCAUGAGGCUUUGGGUGUUGUCGGUGCAGUCAUUCCAUGGAACUACCCUACGAUGAUGGCUGCAUGGAAGUUCGCACCUGCUUUAGCAGCAGGCAACUGCAUUGUCAUGAAGACAUCCGAAGUCACUCCAUUGCCCGCAUACAAGUUUGCUGUUCUUGUCAAGGAAGCCGGCUUCCCUGCUGGCGUGGUGAACAUCAUCACCGGCUAUGGUCAUACCACGGGUAACUUUUUGGCUUGCCACCCUGAUGUCUCCAAGAUGGCGUUCACCGGCUCCACCGGCACUGGUCGCAAGAUUAUGGAAUCAUCGUCGACGAGCAACUUGAAGAAACUUCAGCUCGAAUUGGGCGGCAAGUCUGCUCAGAUUGUCUGUGCUGAUGCCGAGCUUGACAAGGCCGCUGAAUGGGCUUGUGGCGGUAUCUUUAACAAUCACGGUCAGAGCUGCAAUGCCGGUUCGCGCAUCUUGGUCCACGAGUCUGUUCAUGAUAAGUUUUUGGAGCUGUUCAUCAAGCAUACCAAGGCCAUGAUCAAGAUUGGCGACCCCUUUGAUGAAGAUACCUUCCACGGACCACAGAUCAACAAGAGUCAAUUCGACAAGAUUCUGAAGUAUAUUGAAAUUGGCAAGCAGGAAGGCGCUGUUGUGGCUCAUGGCGGCAAGCGAUGGGGUAACAAAGGCUACUAUAUUGAGCCUACCGUGUUCAUCAAGUGCCACAACAAGAUGAGAAUUAUGCAAGAAGAAAUUUUUGGCCCUGUUGUAGCAAUUGCUACAUUUAAGACGAUCGAAGAGGCCAUUGAUAUGGCCAAUGAUUCUAUCUAUGGUUUGGCUGGCGCUGUCUACACCACCAACUUGGAUACUGCCGUUACGGUGACCAACGAAAUCAAGACCGGAACAAUGUGGGUCAACUGUUUCGACGUGUUUGACCAGUCUACACCAUUUGGCGGAUACAAACAGUCUGGUUUCGGCAAAGAGUUGGGCAAGUACUCCUUGCAAGAGUACACUCAGGUCAAGGUCGUCAAAAUUAUGAGAUCCAACCUUUAAAUCCUUCAUUUUGCAUUUCCGUCCAUCGCACAUCCAUGCAUUCUUUUCCCUUCAUUAACGACCCUCUCUCCUUUCACAAACAAAAAGCCAACUUGAUUUCCUACUUUUAAAUCCUUUCUCUUUUCUUGUGAAUAUAUAUGCUUCAUUUUUUGCUUUUUCCUCCAUCUAUACGAAAUUAUCAGCUUAAUUAAGAGCCUUACUUUGUUGACACAACAACACUGACGAGCAACUGAAAGCAGCGAUUUAUGAAGCAUGUACAAAAGCCAGGUAGAAGCGCAUAGGACUUAGAAUACAUUUUAUUGCCCUUUCUUAC